ACUAAAACAAUACAUUUAAUAGUUUGAUCAAAGGUAUCGAAAGAAAUCGAUAUGGAGCAUCAAACACAGAAUCCAAGUCGGAUCUGAAGUAUUUGAUCCACCGCAGAGAGUUGGUACAAGGCCAGCGGAACUCGACGUGGGAUCGAGGUUUGUCCUCCGAGGCUAGUGAGAAACGAGCUCAUCGACAAGAGAAGAGAGCAGUGAUCGAUCUGUGCGACAGUCGAAUCCUGCGAUCCUGCCGAGCACAUGACUUCCUUCUGCUGCCCCGACCGUCGCUCGACCGACCGUGCCAGCGGCGCAGGCUCAGAGAGAGAGAGUCGCAUCUCUGGCCCGAGCUCCUCCCAUUUUCCUCGAUCGCACGACGAGGGAGGGCGGGGGUCCUUUAGGGUGGUUGCGUGCGGGAGAGACGGGAGGUCGGAGUAGACGUUGCGCAAGCGAGCGAGAGAGCGAUUGAGCAGCGGGCGAAUCGAUUCGAUCGGGGGAGAGAUGGAGGGCGGGGAUAUGAAGGCCUUGGCCAGGGCCAAAAGAGCCUCGUCCAAGAGAGGCAGGGCUCGGCAUCCUACUCGUAAGAACGCGCACUCUGCUGCGGAUCCCGGCGCUGUUGCUGCUGCUCGUGAUCAGAAUACCGCUGCGGAGGAUGCGUUGCCUUCCAACUGGGAGAGGUACUCCGAUGGUGGUGGCAGUGGCGACGAAGGGGCUGCAGCUCCUGUCGAUGGACAGGUUGUUCCCAAAAGCAAAGGAGCUGAUUAUUUGGAACUUCUAUCAUCCGAUGCUCCGCAAUUAUACGAGGACCUUCCAGAGCUGGGAGGGUUGUCUGCGAUGAUGCUGGCGCCUGGACUAGGAUUUUUUGAUGGGGAUUCCUGGUUGGAACCGCCUUCGGCCUCAGAGCAGCAAACGGCGCAUGUUGCGGUGUGCCUCAUGCCUGCCCUGUCGUAAACUUCGUAGAGUGCGUCAUGGCACCUGACAACUGCUCUUUUGGAGUCUUCUUGUAAUUGGCCGCGUUGCUUACAGUGGACUUGAAAAUAUUGGGAAGGAGCAUAGCGCAGCUUCAUAUAUCAGAACGACUUAUGUUGGAGCCAGAGCUCUUUCCAGAACAGGAGAAAGUGAAACAAGAGGAUCAUCCUGCAAAAUUUUUCAAGGCUGGGACCGACGACAGGCUGCAAGAGGAAAACUGUGCUGACACGGCCAAAACUGAUACCGGAGCCGCAAGUAUGAACGGGAAUGAUCAAGACAAUACAUCACCGCUGCGGAACAAUGGAGGAAUGGACUCGUGGAACCAAUCUGGCUUUGCCUCCGAUGCAUCCAGGAUAUCACCACAAUCUACCUUGACUGAAAGUACAGACACCCUUUCAGUUCUAAAAGGAGGAGCUCCUUUACCAAGAAAAGAUGCUGUGGAGCAAAGAAGCGAACUAAAUGACAGGAUCAAAGCGGAAGCAUCGGCCCAACCUCCUGGAUUUUCGAAAUUCGUACCUGCAGCAGCAGAGGCUGACCUUGACGAUCUGCUGGACAUGCUUGAUAAUCAGGCCUCACAACCACCUUCGAACAUGAAUGACUUACGUAAUGGUACAGAGAUAGCGUCUUCGCCAACUUUGUCUUUCUUAUCAUCUAAUGCAAGUCCACAAUUCCCACAAGUAGAUCCUCACAAGGGGCUGAAUAGAAUACCCACAGUUUCGAGCGGGAAUUACUACGUGCCGUCAAAUGUUGCCAUUACAGAUAGGAGCGAGGCGACCCCCAAGGAAGUCAAAAGUAGUAGCUCUCCUUCUUUGGAUGAUGACUUUGACUCAUGGCUUGAUUCAAUAUAACAAUCAACUACUCUUCAGAUGAAUUG